GCCACCUAUGUUCAGGUUAAGACGCGGUUUGGGAAAUGAAUGAAAUGAGCAUAUAAAAGAGGUCUUUGUUAGACCGAAAUAGAUCAUUUUCACAGAUUUGUGAAACUGGUAACAAAUGAUAGACAUCAUUACUAUUAUUUAACAAUUAUAAGAAGAAGAACACCGACAUUUUUUUAGCUAGUAAAUAUGAAAAGAGGUUUUGAUGAAGUUUCAGACCCAGAAGAAGAGGUUGAAGAAGAAGAUUUAGAUGUAUCAACAUCAAAACGAGGCAGAGGGAGACCAAAGAUUCCAGAUGAACUGAAAAAAACGAAGCCCAAAAUACCUUCUGGUAAAUCCCGAGGACGUCCUAGAAAAUAUCCUGCUGGACCACCAGUACAUAACCCAGAAGAAGAGAUAGAAGAAGAAGAGGUUGAAGAAGAUUUAGAUGUAUCAAUAUCAAAACGAGGCAGAGGGAGACCAAAGAUACCAGAUGAACUGAAAAAAACGAAGCCCAAAACACCCUCUGGUAAAUCCCGAGGACGUCCUAGAAAAUAUCCUGCUGGAUCACCAGUAUACAGAUCUACAAGAGAGAAAGGUAGAGGUCGACCAAAGAAAUAUCAAAGUGAUUCAGAUGUAGAAGAUAUUACAGAUUCAGACACGGAUAUAUCAUACACAGACGAUAUAACAGAUUCCGACACAGAUGUAUCAUACACAGACUAUAUGACAGAAUCUAGUAAAGUUGUAAAAGUUGGUAGAGGACGUCCUAGAAAAGAUCCAACGACCACUCCAUCUACAUCUAAAGCAUAUAUUAGUACACCAACAAGAGGAAGAGGACGUCCUAGAAAGACACCCGAUAGUGGUAGAGGAAGAGGUAGACCACGGAAAUCUGUGGUAGAAAGGACGGUUCCUGAAUCACCUACUAGAUCUCUUAGUGAUAGAUCACGAAGACAGUCUGUAAGUUAUUAUUCACGUGGGUCAAUAAAGUUAGUUAUUAAAGAUCUUCAGAGUCUAGAGGAGGAUUUUGGCAACCAGUUAAAAGAAAUUCAGUACAGAGUGACCAAAGUUUUAAAAACAGAGAUGGAGAAUUUGAGACAGAGUUUUAAUCUUCAGCUAGCGGAUAUCGGAGACAAAGUUCGAGAUGCGGAAACCUAUAAAAUUGUAUUCAAUGGUGAUAGUGAGUAGAAUUGAAGAGGUAAUCGGCCUUUUGACGAUCGGUUGGAAUUAAAUUUCACCUAUGAAUAUGAUAAACAUCUUUAAUUAUACCACACAAAAGUUUUUGAAAAGAAAUCAGUUACCAAAUUGUUUUGGUGGAUUUUAUCUUUGGUGGUGUAGAAUUGUAGAUCUAAUAUGAUCUCUGUUUCAUGAAUUCAUAACAGGUUGAUGUUCCUCUUUAAUUCUUCAUAUGAUAUGGUGAACUAUAAUAUCAGUACCUGUGGAAUAUUGAAGACUUAAAGCAGAGGUUUUAAAUUUACCGAUCAUCAGAAGUCUGAUUGUGCCUUUAAACUUUUUAAUUGUGUGAGUGUGAAAUUAUAAGUCAAAGUUAACUUUCAGUGCGAAACGUCAAUCAGUGAAAGUGCAUCUAGCUGUUUAGAUCAGAUAAACAGGUGAUGUCCCCACAACAAAAUUAAAGGGCUAUUCGGAUAUUUGUGUAGCCAAAUGGUCUAACAUGCUCUCAUUAGAUCGUAAGUACUGUCAACUGUGUAGGUCAUGGUCUAACAUGCACUCAUUAGAUCGUAAGUACUGUCAACUGUGUAGGUCAUGGGCUAACAUGCACUCAUUAGAUCGUAAGUACUGUUAACUGUGUGGGUCAUGGUCUAACAUAUGCUGUACUGUUAACUGUGUGGGUCAUGGUCUAACAUAUGCUCUUAGAUGGUAUGUACUGCUAACUGUGUGUGUCAUGGGGUAACAUGCACUCAUUAGAUUGUAAGUUGUUAACUGGGUGGGUCAUGGUCUAACAUAUGCUCAUAGAUCGUAUGUACUGUUAACUGUGUGGGUCAUGGUCUGACAUGUGCUCUUAGAUUGUAAGUACUGUUAACUGUAUGGGACGUCUAACAAGCACUCAUUAGAUUGUAAGUACUGUUAACUGUGUGGGUCAUAGUCUAACAUAUGCUCGUAGAUCGUAUGUACUGUUAACUGUGUGGGUCAUGGUCUAACAUGCACUCAUUAGAUCGUAUGUACUGUUAACUGUGUGGGUCAUGGUCUAACAUAUGUUCUUAGAUCGUAUGUACUGUUAACUGUGUGGGUCAUGGUCUAACAUAUGCUCUUAGAUCGUAUGUACUGUUAACUGUGUGGGUCAUUGUCUAACAUAUGCUCUUAGAUCGUAUGUACUGUUAACUGUGUGGGUUAUGGUCUAACAUGUGCUCUUUAGAUUGUAAGUACUGUUAACUGUGUGGGUCAUAGUCUAACAUAUGCUCUUAGAUCGUAUGUACUGCUAGCUGUGUGGGUCAUACAUGUGCUUUUUAGAUUGUAAGUACUGUUAACUGUUAGUUAUGUCUUAACACGUGCUCUUAGAUCGUAUGUACUGCUAACUGUGUGGGGCAUGGUGUAACAUGUGCUCUUUAGAUUGUAUGUACUGUUAACUGUGUGGGUCAUGGUCUAACAUAUGCUCUUAGAUUGUAUGUACUGCUAACUGUGUGGGGCAUGGUCUAACAUGUGCUCUUUAGAUUGUAUGUACUAUUAACUGUGUGGGUCAUGGUUUAUCCUGCACUCAUAAGAUUGUAUGUACUGUCAACUGUGUGGGUCAUCUCCUAACAUGUGCUCUUAGAUCGUAAGUACUGUUAACUGUGUUGUUCAUGAUUUUGAAUUUUGAUCCCAGGUUUGUAGUGACAUGGCAUGGAGUUUAUCCCACACUUCUAGAGAUAACAGUAUACCACGUGUUAGUCCCGAAAUGAACAAGAUAAUGAUAUGUGGACAUUAAGCCCCAUUUCACUCUCUCUUUGCUUUCCAACCCCACAUUACAUCCAUAAAAGACGUUAAACACCAUUAUUUUUCUUUGCUAUAAAAUUUUGGUUAUGUUUGACAUUAUUGUCUCCCAUCAAAAUGGUGCUGGUUGGUGUCAUGCCUUGGGUUACGAUAUUGGAUGUAAACAAUACAUGUUUGAAUUAUCGUGUAAUGAUUAAUGGAAGAUUCCAAAAAAACCCAUGUAAUGGUCAGUUACAUUUCAAUUACUUUUGAUUGUGUAUGUAAGAUUAUACGAUUAUGUGGGAAUGUUAAUUACAUAAAUGGUUAUUCUAUCUAAUCCCCCAGGUGUGGACUGGCCAUAUAUUUGUUGUCCAGCAGCUCCAUGUGUUUAAGCAUCAGAAUUUUAUAAUAUCUUUCAUAAUGUAAUUUUGUUUUGUGUGUUAUUUUUACUAGUGAAUUCUCCACAAAACGGUGAAGAUGAGGAAGAAAAUAUGGCAGACAUGGAAGACUUCCAGAAUGUAGACAUGGAUCCAGAAGUACAAAUAACUAGAGUAGAAGAAUCAUCAUGAUUAUCAGUCUGAUUAUUGUCAAGUUACAUGAACAACAUUAUUAUUUUCAAUACUAUUUAAAAGAUUAUUGUUUGUUUAUUUUUCAGUCAAAUUCACAAUCUGACAAAUACUGGAUAAAAAGUAGGGUUUUCAAAAUAAUAUCAAUAUAUUUUUAUACAAAUCCUCUGCAAUACGUCUCACAAUACAAAUUUUCGUGUAUCAACAUUUUCACUCUACUUUCACUUUGGAAGUAAGAGUAGACUGUUUUUCCGUUGGCGUAUAUUUCCAUCUUCAUGAACCUGUUGGUGCAGAACAGUAAGACGUUAAAUCUAUUAUAGGCAAAAUUGUUGAAAUGAAGGGUUAAAGUAUAUUUUAACCCUUUAGUAUUUGUAAAUAUUAACUACCCUGAUUCACAGAUAAAAAUCAAGAGAAGUGAUAUAUGUGUUUUACGAUGAGUAUUAUAUUCAUGGAAUAAAAGUGAUGUAUGUUAUUUUAGUUGAGUUUUGUAGCUACUGCUCCUUACACCGCCCAAGUUACAGUACAAGUAUAUACACUUAUUAAAGAUACAUUAUGGAAGAUUAGAUAACGAGUUGGCAGUUUUCACUAUAAUAGUUAAAAACUAGAUGAUGUAAAGGCAAUUUGCUGAAAAUUCCAUUCAAAUUGAACCACUAUGAACCCAGAAUUAAGCGAUUACCAUUACUAAAGUCAGUACGAUAAACAGCAUAAUCUUGAUUAUCCAUUUAAUUAUUAAAUCGUGAAGGAAAGUUAUGCAGUAAAUCGGCUCAUAGUCCACUAAAGAUCGCAGGCUAGCGAUACCAUCGAGAGUUGAUUAUGGUCUGGAUAGGUUAAUUAAUGUCAAAUUAAUAAUUUAGAUAACAUUUCAGGCCUAAAGAAAGACCUGCAAUAGACUGAUUUAGCUCUUGCAUAAUGUAUGUUUAAGUAGUUGAUAUAUUCAAGUAGCACUGGCAGUUAGGGGCGAUCGAGGAAGCAGUAGUUUCAGACGAUCCCAGAGCUAAGGGAUUAAAAAAUAAAUAUAGAACACAACACUGUGUAGGAUCAUUUCCAAGAAAAAAAUAAUUUGUAUUAAAUUCAUCAUAUAAAAGUUUUCAUGUUUUCCGUUUAUGGUUCACAUGAUCACAUUGUUUAUCUAAAGCUUUAUCAUAUAGAGCUAGAUUCAAUGUACUCAUUGUUAAACUGUUUCUUCAUCACAAUUUUCAUGUAAUAUAAUUGCAUGAACAUAUUGCUAAAAGCAAAUAAAACUUUAAAGGAUCUCAUAACAUAAUUCACUCUUAAGACUCUCAGCAACAUCUCCUUUCUGCUUUAAAGUUGCUUAAAAAAAAGAAUUGCCAGAGAUCUUAGUUCAUGUUAAAAGAGGAACUUUUAUAACUUUAUAUAUAAAAUUAUCUAAAUGGCUUUUACAAUCAAUUAAAUGGCAUAUUUUUAUCAUCAAUGUUUUUUUUUAGGGUUUAUUUUAAUUCUUUUUAGACAUAUCUACCUUUUGUUUGUUUUAUUUUAUGUUCAUUUAUUUAGCAUGUAAUGUAAGGGGUUAUUUUUGUUUUAAUUGUUAUUUUUCACUUGUUAAUAUAUCCAAGGCACUCAUAGACACUGAGGCCCUAUUGGAGGAUUAUAAUGUUUUUUUUUUACUUUACUGUUUGCGAACACUAAUACUUAUCACAUGCAAUAAUGUACAUAUAUAGAGAAGACUUUCUCUUUCUAAAAGACCCAUGGUAUUAUUCAAGAACACUGAAAUAUUUCAAGAAUGCAGCUUUUUCAUUGAACAAGGGCUAGUAUUUGUGCUAUGAUUUUAAUGCUCAGCCAAUGAAAAAUCGGAAUUCUUAAAAAUGCCAACAAUUUUUUGUUAGACUUUUAUAUUGAAAAAAAAAAUUGAAAUUUUUAUAACAAAUUCACAACUUGUACGAUGUGUUUAAUUUCAGAUAACUUUUUAUGUAUUAAAUAGAAUAUUAUGUAUUUCUCCUUAAUUAAAUAGUUUAAAAUAAAAAAGCAACAAAAUAUAUAUAUUUUUAAUCUUUAGUGGUAUUUAGAUAUUUUCUUGACUUCAAAGGUGCCAAAUUCAACUUAUUCAAAGCUUUGAAUAUAUGUUGAGCAUCAUUAGGGCAUUAUUUUGUGUGUAUAUGAUUUAGAUGAAAUUCAUAUCAAUACUAAAUUCCAACUCUAAAUUCAACACUUAAGACAGAUUGUGAUUUAUAAUAUAAUGGUUUUGAUGAAAGUAAGGCACUAGUCUGUAUUUUACCAUAUUUUACAUUCUACAAAACCUUUAGUUUACUAUAUUUUCUAAUACAAUUUUUUGCUAUACACGUUAACAAACGAUUUAUAUCUUUCCAUUACAAAUGUUUAUAAACUCAUAUUUUUAUGAUUAUAUUGUCACUUUGUAAAGUGCCCCAGUGAUGUGAAAGGGCGCACUAUAAAUAUGCUGUAAUAAUAAUAUUAAUACAUGUUAUAUACCUAGAAUCUUUUUCAUAUUCUAAAAGAAUCUGAAUUUAUUUUUUCGCUGCAAAUUGGAAUGAAUAUAAUUUUAACCUGUGCAUCUUAUACACAGGUUGUACAUGUAUACCUUUACAAAAGAUUUAUAUUUUUCCAUAACAAGUCUUUAUAAACCCACAUUGGAUCUCAUAUUUGAAUGAAUAUAAUUUCAAACUGUUCACUUUUAAUUCCUAAAUGUCCACAUAAGUUUUAAAACCAGGUGCAUAGAUUAAAUAAAUAUUGUAUUAAGAAUUAAAUGGGAACGUUUAUCGCAUCUGACAUACAGCAUAUCAUUUAUCUUUGCAUAUAAAAAAAAAUCUUCUUUGAUAUUUUGUCUUGGAUCAAUCAGUUUUACCCAACUUUUGAUAGCUAGGGUCUAUACUUGUCACAAUGUCCGUAAGGGCUUGGGGUUUGGGUGGUCUAGUGGUUUAACGCGUGCGCAUGAAUUCACAAGGUCUGUCAUUGAAUCAAGUGGCGUGGUUUCGAUUCCCCACUUGAAGGUGACCAGGAGUAGAGUCACCUGUCCAAUCUCGCGGGUUUUCUCCGCGUCCCCUGUUUUCCUCCCUCUGCUAAAGACCCCUACGCGCAAGCGAGGUAUUGAAUUAAAAUUGAACCAUGUUAGUUCCGAAAUGACCUGGUUUGUGUCGAGACGAGGUUAAACCCCCUCUUUCUCCCCUCCCCCUCUCUCUGUAACGACUUUAAAAAGGUUAAUAUUUACAGAUAGAUCAAAAUUCUCACCAGAAAUAACAAGUCUCAAAAUCAUUUAAUUGUGCAAUUAUUGUACCCGGUUAAGUUUUAUUACUGCCAUUGUAUUUGCUAGUGUUUAUUGCUGCUUUAUAAUUACACGGUUACUUAGUUUUCAGCUCCCCACGAUAUUUAGUUGUCAUUUAAGGGCAUUCUGAAAUUUAUCUACUUCUUGGUAAGCAGGAAAUUAAUUAAUCCAGGCUAAAUAUACAUGUUUAAAACGUGUUGUUAGUUAUAUAUUUACUCCCAAAGCCAAUAAAACCAUCAUUGUAACAUGG